AUGAGAAUAUCAUUUAGCUUAAAUCCUGCUCCAAAACCUAUAAGAGACGAUCAAAAAUUUUCAAAAAGUAUCUGUAAAAUCGCAAAUGACAUAACAAACUCAAAAACAGACACACAAGAUAUUCUUAUUGGAAACUUAGGUGUCAAACCAAUACUAUGGUCACCCACAGUUAACAAUAUUGUUGAGUGCAUUGGCAGUGGAAGUGCUGUAGUUAUUAGUGAUUUUCGACAAACUUUUGUUGACAAAUUAUUUAGGAAAGCAUCGUUGGAACACAUCAAUUGGCUUGCAGGCGAGCAUCACUCAUCAACUAUUUGGCAUCAUAAAGCAAAAAUAAUCAUCAUAGUACCUUAUUGGAUACCACUAAUGAAUAGAGUUCACAUGCUGAGAUCUUUUGAAAGUUUAGGAUUUAUUGACCUUACUAUAGCUCAUGAGACAACGCAAGGGCAAGCUCGUUUUGAAUUUUUCAUUAGUUAUAUGAUCAAUACUAUGGCUUUGUAUUUGGAUCCUGAAAAGAGCAGCGAUGUGUUUUUUGAUAAGCUUAAAAAUUUGAAUGGAUAUACAUAUAAUGUUCCUAUCUUUGAACAACCACCUUUGAUAGAGUUUAAGCCGAGAUUCAAAAACUCUCCGAAUGUUUACUUUCUUGAGGCACUUCAGAAGAUCCAAAACUCAAAGUAUAAAUUGCAUAUUGUGCACAAUAAGGAUCAAAUGGUUGAUUAUUUUGAAUAUCGAAAGAUGGACUUAGCAUUGAAUAUUAUUGACUUUUAUGCAACAGAUGAGCCACAAUUAUUUACCUAUGAUGUAAUUGGAUAUUGUGCUCUAAUUCCAAUUCCUUUAAAGACUUCACAUAUUCGAAAGAUAUUUAUUGCAGCAUUUGAUGCUCUAACUUGGAUAUUCUUAGCACUUUCUAUUGUCAGUUUAAUUGCUGUUGUUUUGAUGCUUCGUGGUUCUUAUGAUUCUCUUUGGAAGUUUGGGUUCAAAGUUUUUGCAUAUAUUAUUGGUCAAGGUGUCAAUUUUACACGUCGGAAUCAAUUGAUUCUUAAGAUUCUACUCCAAUUGAAUUUUGUAAUGAUUUUUGUCCUUAGUAGUACAUACAAGAGUGUCAUCACAUCGUUCAUUAUUCAACCAGCUUUUGAAAAUCGAUUACAAUCCGUCGAAGAUCUCUUAAACCUAAAUUACACAAUUGUAACUUCUCAAAAGUUUGCAGAAAUAAUUCAAGAUGAUGUAAGGUUUAGUAAAAUUCGUUCACAAAUAAACCUAUCGGAUCAAAUUUCAUCUCUUGAAGACUUGACACAGAAGAGAUAUGUUCUUGUUAGACCUUGUGAUAUUUUAGAAUCAGAACUUUCUGACUUAUACUAUAUGCUGCCUGAAAGGUUGACUAGCUAUUAUGUCCAAUUGCAAGCUAGUUUUGCAAAUCCAUUUUUACAACGGUUUCAGUACUAUAUGGACUUAUGUUUUCAAGCUGGUCUUCCUCAAAUUUGGAAAUUUUAUGCAAAUCAGGAUCUAAUAAAAAUUAAAUCAUCGAUAGAAAGCGAGUUUCGAGGCUUUGAGGGUCUUGAAAAAAUAUUUUUUAUAUUCUUGGCUAGUUGUGGACUAUCAGGUCUUGUGUUUGUCAUUGAGAUUGUUUAUUUCUAUUUCUUGGGAAGUUUAGAUGUUCGAAAAAUUCUAAGUUUGAUCUGGAAUCGAUUAAAAAUUGUGCUUUGCUGGAGAAAGUAUAAUAGACCUCAAGUUCCAAAGAUCAAUGCGAUAGACGAGGAAGUGAAAGAAAAGAAGCAGAAGCCGAAAAAUAUGAUUUUAGAAUAA